AUGGCUGACAAGGGUCUUGAGGAUGUGCCUGAGGGCCAGAUCGAGUCGAACUACGAUGAGACCGUCGACUCCUUCGAUGACAUGAACCUGAAGUCGGAGCUCCUCCGUGGUGUCUACGCUUACGGUUUCGAGCGUCCCUCCGCCAUCCAGCAGCGUGCCAUCAUGCCCGUCAUCAAGGGCCACGAUGUCAUUGCCCAGGCUCAGUCCGGUACUGGCAAGACCGCCACGUUCUCCAUCUCUGUCCUCCAGAAGAUCGACACCAACGUCAAGGCCUGCCAGGCUCUCAUCCUCGCCCCCACCCGUGAGCUUGCUCAGCAGAUUCAGAAGGUCGUCGUCGCCAUCGGUGACUUCAUGAACAUUGAGUGCCACGCCUGCAUUGGUGGCACCAGCGUCCGUGACGACAUGAAGGCCCUGCAAGAUGGUCCCCAGGUCGUCGUCGGUACCCCUGGCCGUGUCCACGACAUGAUCCAGCGCCGCUUCCUCAAGACCGACAGCAUGAAGAUGUUCGUCCUCGACGAGGCCGACGAGAUGCUUUCUCGUGGUUUCACCGAGCAGAUCUACGACAUCUUCCAGCUGCUCCCCCAGAGCACCCAGGUCGUUCUUCUGUCUGCCACCAUGCCCCAGGACGUCCUCGAGCGUGACCUGAUUAUGAAGGAGUUCCGUUCCGGAUCUUCUCGUGUCCUGAUCGCCACCGACCUUCUGGCCCGUGGUAUCGAUGUCCAGCAGGUUUCCCUGGUCAUCAACUACGACCUCCCCGCCAACCGCGAGAACUACAUCCACCGCAUCGGUCGUGGUGGUCGUUUCGGUCGUAAGGGUGUUGCUAUCAACUUCGUUACCGCCGAGGAUGUUCGCAUGAUGAGAGAGAUUGAGCAGUUCUACAGCACCCAGAUCGAGGAGAUGCCCAUGAACGUUGCCGACCUCAUCUAA